AACGCAAAACGUGACGUCACUCAUCUCGGCACCGGUCUGCUGCCAGUCUGCCACAGACAGCUGAGGAUUUCCAGACGGGGGAUCCCGGCUCGAUACGGCCUUAUAUUGUCGAAACGUCGGAGUCCGUACAGUGUGUCUAAAUGGCGAAAACGUACGAUUACCUCUUCAAGCUGUUGCUCAUCGGAGACAGCGGAGUCGGCAAGACAUGUCUGCUGUUCAGAUUCAGCGAGGACUCCUUCAAUACCACCUUCAUAUCCACAAUAGGAAUAGAUUUCAAAAUCAGAACAAUAUCGUUGGACGGAAAGAGGGUCAAACUUCAGAUUUGGGACACUGCAGGGCAGGAGAGGUUUCGCACCAUCACCACAGCUUACUACAGAGGAGCUAUGGGCAUCAUGUUGGUCUAUGACAUCUGCAAUGAGAAGUCCUUUGAAAACAUAAAAAACUGGAUUAGAAAUAUUGAAGAGCAUGCCUCGUCUGAUGUGGAGAAGAUGAUCCUGGGUAACAAAUGUGACAUGACUGACAGGAGGCAGGUGUCCAAAGACAGAGGUGAAAAACUGGCUAUUGAUUAUGGAGUGAAGUUUUUGGAGACCAGUGCAAAGUCUAGCUUAAAUGUGGAAGAGGCUUUUUAUACUAUGGGAAGAGACAUAUUACACAAUCUGAGCUCAAAGACAACUGACAACAGUGCCGGAGGAUCGGGCAAACCACUCAAGAUCACAGAGAAAAAGUCGAAAAGAAUAAAAUUCUUCAAGUGUUCACUCCUCUAGGCUGCUCCUCUGUAGUGUCCACGGCUCUGUGUGACUUUGCUGUUUUGGCGGAUGGUUCCUGCAUCCAGGAUGUCCCUGCAGCAGCGGCAGCAGUGGUCAUAUUCAGAGGACCUUACUGCCAGCUGAAGCUCACAGGUUCAUGAGUGUUUGAGAUGCCAUCCUGAUCUGCUGACCAGAAGAGGAUCAGUGAGGAAUGAGGCCUGAUACUGUAUAUCCACUCAUGCAAAAGACUUGGAGUGAUUGCCAGCAUUGUUUUUUGGGAUUAUUUUUUAGCUGGCCCUGCAGUGUCUGCUCACACAAGGCAGUGAUCCUGUUGGCAUUUCUAAUAAUACCUCUGUUGGAUCCAUGAGAAUAUCUAAUUUACACAUAGUUGUCUUAUAAAUGAAAAAAAAAAAGAAUUUCAGAAGUUGUAGCAUUGUUUUAUAUACACUACCUACUGUAAUAUUUACUACUAUGAUGCUGUCAGACAUAUCAGAUCUCAGCAUUGAUUGUAUUUGUCUGUGUAAUUCAUGUUUGUUAAAAUAUGCCUGUUGUAUCCUGUUGCACCGGCAUCAUUUCCAGUUGUUCAUGUCUGCCUAGAAGGAGUCACAGGAUUGUCAUAGAAAAGACAAAAAAAUGUAUAAAUAAUCAAUUUUUAUUCUCUUUAAUGAAACCUUUACUUAUACAGGUUUCUGUGUCAAAAUGAAAAAGGUUGUUUGUCUUCUUGGGAGCUGUACUUACCACAUAUUAUUAUGCGAUUGUCAGUAUGUGCAUGAAAGCUGUAGGGAUACCUCUAAGUGGAUCAUUAUUAAGCACAUUUUACAGUAUUUGAAAAGAAAAUGUUUACAGGCAGUAUUAUAUAGUGUCAGUGGUAUAUAGGAAGUUCAUGUUUUUGCUGAUCACACAGUGUAUAUGUUAGCACAACUAACUGUUGUGUGUAUGCUUUAUGUGUAGACAUCCAACAGGUUCUCUUUACAUCUCCAACAUUAAAACACGACGACUGGGGAAAGCUGUAAUGUGAAUGAUUGUAACCUACUGUAUGUUACACCAAUGAAAAGUAAAGAAGAAAGUGGAUCUUUAAAA